AUGGAAAUGGAUAUUAUUAAAGGAGGUUAGGGCCUCCGUUGCUACUGCUGCUAGUUAGAAUUCGAUACAGAUUCUAACUAUAAGUUGCAUUUUAAAUCAGACUAUCAUCGUUAUAAUCUAAAACGUAAAAUGCUUGACCUACCUCCUGCUACUUACGAAGAAUUUUAGAGAUAAUUUUUGAGUUCAGGUCAAAAAUCAUAAAGCACUUCAGUCACUGAUUGCUUAAAAUGCAUGAUUUGCAAAAAAGAAUUCGGUUCUCAUCAAACUUACAAGUAACAUUUGUAAAGCAGAAAGCACCAAGAAAAUGCUCUUAAUUAUAAAAUUGAAGAUAAGGAAAUACAUUUAGAUUUUAUUUAAAAUGAGCAAAAACGCACAACUCUUGAUGAUGUUUCAAUCUGCUUAUAUUGUGAUAAGACUAAUGACGAUUUAAAUGAAAAUAUAAAGCAUAUGGAAAGAGUUCAUGGAUUCUUUAUCUGUGAGGAAAAAUAUAUCAAAGACCUCUAAGGACUUGUUUUGUUUUUAGCUAAGCAAAUUAAUGAAAAGUUAUUAUGUCCUUAUUGUGAAAAUAAAAACACCAAAGGUUUUGUAGAUGCAGAAGGAGUCAAAAAGCACAUGGUCUAAAAGGGACACUGCUUUAUGAAUAAUGAAUAGUUUUUCGAUUUGUACUGCGAAUUUUACGAUUUUACUCUUGCUAUUGAAGAAGCUCUAAAAAAUAAAUUUAAAAAUGUCGAAAGGAUAGUCGAAGUAUCAGAGACUGAAGAUGAAAGUGAUUUAAGCUCAACCCCAGAAAAGAUUAUGGGAGAAAAUUAGCAACAAGAGUAGCCUCACUCUGAAUCUAAUUAUGAAAUUAUCUCUUAAGAAAGUGAUUAAAAAUUAAUGGAAAUGAUUAGAGAACUAUCAAUAAAUGAUGACGAUUUAACCGAAGAAUAAAAAUAAAUUAAAUAGAAAGCUUAGGAACUAUAUCUUAAAUAUAAGCAAUGCUAACAAGAAACAAAAGCUAAAAUAAAUAGUUAUGGUGAGAUUAUUUUACCUUCUGGCAAAGUUUUAGGUCAUAGAUCUAUGGCUAAAUACUAUAACUAAUAUUAUCGUCCUAUGGCUACUUAGGAAUCCAAGAUGAAGGCCAUUCUUGGUGAAGAAGGCUACUAAGAACAUAAGAAUCAAUUAAUGAAAUUAGAAGAACAAAAACUCUUUGCUAAAUAGCAAGAAGAUAAAUACAGAAGAGAAGCUUAAAAGAAAGAUUACGAUUUAAGUAAGAAAAAUAAUGCUAACCAAGUUGGUUAAGGCAUCCACUAAAAUAAAGUUCAAAAUAUGGUUAUUUAUCAAAGCAGAAUUUGA